CCCGGCUGGCACCUGGGAGGAACAGCCAGUGCAGCCGCAGCCAUGGCUCCCUGCACCUUCGCCCUCCUCCUCCUGCUGGACCUGCUGACCUUCCCGGAGCACGGACACGGCCUCCGGCGCCACAAGAGGGACUGGGUCAUCCCCCCCAUCAACUGCCCCGAGAAUGACCAGGGACCCUUCCCCAAGCAUCUGGCGCAGAUCAAAUCCAACAAGGACAAGGAGACCAAGGUUUUCUACAGCAUCACGGGGCAGGGAGCAGACACCAUCCCCGUGGGUGUGUUCAUCAUCGAGCGGGAGACGGGGUGGCUGAAGGUGACAAAACCACUGGACCGGGAGGAGAAGGAUAAAUACGUGCUCUACUCCCACGCCGUGUCGGCCAACGGUCAGCCUGUGGAGGAUCCCAUGGAGAUCAUCAUCACCAUUACCGACCGGAAUGACAACCGGCCCGUCUUCACCCAGGCGGUUUUCAGCGGUUCUGUGCUGSAGGGAGCUGCGCCAGGCACGCCAGUGCUGCAGGUGCUGGCCACCGAUGCGGACGAUGCCGUGAGCUCCACCAAUGGCGUUGUSAGCUAUUCCAUCCUGAGCCAGGUGCCGGAGCAGCCCCAGCCUGGGAUGUUCACCAUCAACAGCAGCUCUGGGCUGAUCUCUGUGGCCGUGCCGGGGCUGGUGGCCGAGGUGGUCCCUGAAUACACGCUGGAGAUCCAGGCUGCCGACCAGGAGGGCUACGGGCUACGAGCCACGGCCACYGCCCGCAUCACAGUGCAGGCCGACAGCAUGACUGAGGUGGGAAAUGGCACCCUGACCACCCAYGUGCUGAACACGGCCACAGGGCUGCCAGCAGCCGGUCUUCUUGUCCGCCUAGCCCAGCUGCAGGAGCCRGGGCUGCAGUGGACAGAGCUGGCCCAGAGGCACACGGAUGCGGACGGGCGCUGCCAGCCCCUCCUGGCACCAGGACAGGCCAAGGCUGGCACCUACAARCUGCACUUUGAGACAGCCGAGUACUGGCAGGGGCUGGGGCACACCAGCUUCUACCCCUUCGUGGAGGUUGUCUUCACCAUUGCUGACCCGGCUCAGAAGCUCCACGUCCCACUGCUGAUCAGCCCCUACUCCUACACCACCUACCGGGGCAGUUAGGAGGGCAUGGCCUCCCCUGGGGGAUGCAGGAAUGGCCUCCCUUUGGACGCCACCGACACCAUUAAAAGAUCCAAA